AACAAGGAGGAAAGAUGCAUGUGGUAGAUGACAUAAGAAUUGUGUCACUAAUUGACAGUGUUGUUUAUCUUUAGGUGCGUACAAGUCCAUGGGAAUAUCCAACCUGACAACACUCUCUGAAUUUACCCUCUUGGGACUCUCCUCUCGGUCUGAGGACCAGAGGCCACUCUUUGCCUUAUUUCUUGUCAUAUACCUGGUCACUUUGAUUGGAAAUCUUCUCAUCAUCUUGGCUAUCCACUCUGAUCCUCGACUUCAAAAUCCUAUGUAUUUUUUCCUAAGCAUCUUGUCCUUUGCUGAUAUUUGCUACACAACAGUCAUAGUCCCCAAGAUGCUUGUGAACUUCUUAUCAGAGAAAAAGACCAUUUCCUAUGCUGAAUGUCUGGCACAGAUGUAUUUCUUUCUGGUUUUUGGAAACAUAGAUAGUUAUCUCCUGGCAGCUAUGGCCAUCGACCGCUGCGUAGCCAUUUGUAACCCAUUCCAUUAUGUCACUGUUAUGAACCGCAGAUGCUGUGUGUUGCUACUGGCCUUCCUCAUCACUUUCUCCUAUCUCCACUCUCUCCUACAUGUCCUACUGGUGAAUCGGCUCACCUUCUGUGCAUCAAAUGUUAUCCAUCACUUUUUUUGUGAUGUCAACCCUCUGCUGAAAAUAUCCUGCUCCUCUACCUUUGUCAAUGAAAUUGUGGCCAUGACAGAAGGGCUGGCCUCUGUGAUGGCUCCAUUUGUCUGUAUCAUCAUCUCUUAUCUAAGAAUUCUCAUUGCUGUUCUCAAGAUUCCCUCAGCAGCCGGGAAACACAAAGCCUUCUCCACCUGCAGCUCCCAUCUCACCAUGGUGAUUCUGUUUUAUGGGAGUAUUAGCUAUGUCUAUUUGCACCCUUUGUCCAGCUAUACUGUCAAGGCCCGAAUAGCAACAAUCAACUACACUAUGUUGACAUCAAUGUUGAACCCAUUUAUCUACAGUUUAAGAAACAAAGACAUGAAACGGGGCUUACAGAAACUGAUAAACAAGAUUAAGUCUCAAAUGGGUAGGUUUUCUACAAAGACCAAUAAAAUCUGUGGGCCCUGAUUGCAAGGUGUGUGUGUGUGUGUGUGUGUGUGUGUGUGUGUGUGUGUGUACCUGAUGCAACUCUUUUUGUAAAAAGCCUUCCUUCAUCUUCACCAACUAUAGCUUCACCUUUUCUACCCUGUGGUCUCUUUCAUCCUAUGAUUGAACAAUUUGGAUGACUUGGUAUUGAUGCUCAAAUCACACACUCACCUCAUAAUAUCUCUUCAUUCCAGAAAAUCACAUUCUCUUUACUCUUUGCAUAUUUAUUUGGAGUCUCUUAUAUUUCUUUGUGUUUAUAAAUUCAGCCAAGUUUGGCCAUUCAAUUAUCAGAGAAUUUUCGUAUAUACCUAUGCAGAAAUUUAUAUAUGUGCGAUGAUAUUAUGCACACAUAGUCACUCUAUUCUAUUUAAAGCUGUCAGAAAUGUUUUGCAUGUGUGUAUGUGUGUGCAAGUCUCACCUCACCAUCAGACUGCAGGCUAUGGGCCCUCCCCCCUUUUUAGAGACCGGUUCUUAACCCCCAUCACCCAGGUUAGAGUGCAGUGACACUCUCAUAGCUCACUGUAACCUCAAACUCCUGGGCUCAAGCAAUCCUCCUCCCUCAGCAUCUCUAGUAGCUAGGACUACAGGUGUGUACCACCACCCCUAGGCAAUUUUUUAAAUUUUUUGUAGAGACAAGGUCUUGCUAUGUUACCCAGGUUGGUCUCAGACUCCUGGCCUCAAGUCAUCCUCCUGCCUCGGCCUCUCAAAGUACUGGGAUUUUAGGUGUGAGCUUCCACACCCAGCUUUAUGGUACCUUUUUAAAAUUAUCAUAAAAGCUGAAUGUCCUGGGCUCUGGAGUCAUAGAUUCUCAAUAACUGCCACCAAUUAUCUGAUUGACUUUUUUUUUUUGAGACAGAAUCUUGCUCUGUUAUCAAGGUUGGAGUACAGUGGCACUUUCAGCUUACUGCAGUCUCCACCUCCUGGGUUCAAGCAAUUCUCACACCUCAGCCUCCCAGGUAGCUGGGAUUACAGGUGCUGACCACUACACCCAGUUAAUUUUUGUAUUUUUGGUAAAAACAAGGUUCACCAUGUUCACUAUAUUUCUAGGCAUCUGUAGGUGGUUAAAUAAAACACCGAAUUAAAAAAAUCUCCACUGUCUCCUCUAUCUGUCUAGUUGUUUUGCUCAGAAUAAAGAAAGGUUUAUUCCAUGUAAUCAGAAAUGUUUCCUAUGGUCACUGAAGGCAGAGUCAAAAAAAUCAAUAAAUAUAAACUACUAGUAAGAAUCUCUUGGGUCAGAGUGCCUAGUAUAAAGGAGCCCCUCAAUAUAGUUGGGGAACAAAUUACAUGACCUAGGAAAGCAGUCAGAUGAAUUAUUUCACACAAUAUUUUUUUAAAGCGUCAAUUUAGUGAGUUUCUCUUUCUUUCCUAGUAUUCAUAUUUUAGUAGAUGGAAAUGUCUAAGUCAAACAAACUAAUCUCUCAUGGUAUUUUAGACAAGGAGCAGAUGGAUGAUCUCAAAGUGUAAAAUGAUAGAAUAAGGUUCUGGUGAUCUAUUACACAGCAGUUGACUACAGUUAAUGAGAACGAAUUGUGCUCUCACCACAAAGAAACAACAUGUAUUUGAACUGAUGGAUGUGUUAAUUUGCCUGAUUUGAUGAUUCCACAAUGAAUACAUGUAUCAAAAUACCACACUGUACUCUACAAAUAUAUACAAUUAUUAUUUGUCAAUCACAAAAUAAAAUAAAACUUUUUUAAAAGAGUCUUUAAAUCCCUUUGUUUUAGCCCUUGUUAAUCCCUAACCAAAGGUAAGGCAGAAUCAAGAUAAGAUAUAUUAUUCAAUUUAAUUCCUUUAUUACAUGUAUUGCAAAUUAAUUUUAACUUCCCUGACAACUGUGAUCAACUGAGGACUCCUGCAUUGCUAAUGAGAAAA